AUGUCCAUCCAAAACAUUGGCCGCCGCACACCAGGCGUCCUACCUGCCGUGUUCGGCGCGCAAGGAGUAUUCCUCCUAGCAAACGCAAUCUACACAAUGGCCUGCCCAACCGCGGCAUCAAGUCUCCCAAAUUCACCCCUAGGUGGGAUUCCAGAUCAUACAGUCGAGGCAAUGGGGUAA